CGGACACGCCGCCGCCGCCGCCACCGCCAGGAAGGCAGCCGGCGCCGAGCAAGUUUCGAGCGCGCCUCUCCGCCUGGGGAAAGUUUCCCCCGCGGCCGUCGGCGGGAGUUGGCGCGGGGUCCGGCUGCUGCUGCUGGAAGAAUUUAUCCUGAAGCCAUCGAAAGGAUACCUCAAGAGAAUCCUGAGUCUCCUGGAAAGAACAGACACCAGUUGAAACAGGUGGGCAUCUCCUGGAUGGCCCGAGCUGACAGUGGCCAGGCCAUCUGACACCGUCAUCAGAGUGACUUGAAACCUUUGACUAGGGCACCUAGAAACAGGUUUGAUCCUUUUCCAGACCUCUCAACACCGGCCACCCAGGACAAGCUGGGCCAAUAAAAGAACAUACGAGAGCCCCUCUGACCGGGAGAUUCUGUCCUGCUGACGCCCAAAGCGCCGCCCAGGUAGAACACCAUGGAAGGCGACUGUCUGAGCUGCAUGAAGUAUUUGAUGUUUGUCUUCAAUUUCUUCAUAUUUCUGGGCGGGGCCUGCCUGCUGGGCAUUGGCAUCUGGGUCAUGGUGGACCCCACCGGCUUCCGGGAGAUCGUGGCCGCCAACCCCCUGCUUAUCACGGGCGCCUACAUCCUCCUGGCCAUGGGCGGCCUGCUUUUCCUGCUGGGCUUCCUGGGCUGCUGCGGGGCCGUCCGGGAGAACAAGUGUCUGCUGCUGUUCUUCUUCCUGUUCAUCCUCAUCAUCUUCUUGGCGGAGCUCUCAGCGGCCAUCCUGGCCUUCAUCUUCAGGGAAAAUCUCACGCGCGAGUUCUUCACCAAGGAGCUCACCAAGCACUACCAGGGCAACAAUGACACAGAUGUCUUCUCUGCCACCUGGAACUCGGUCAUGAUCACGUUUGGCUGCUGUGGCGUCAACGGGCCCGAAGACUUCCGGUUUGCAUCAGUUUUCCGACUGCUGACUCUGGACAGCGACGAGGUGCCUGAGGCCUGCUGUCGGAGAGAACCGCAGACUCGGGAUGGGGUCCUGCUGAGCAGGGAGGAGUGUCUGCUGGGAAGGGACCUGUUCCUGAACAAGCAGGGCUGUUACACAGUGAUCCUCAACACUUUUGAAACUUAUGUCUACCUGGCUGGAGCCCUCGCCAUAGGAGUGCUGGCCAUUGAGCUUUUCGCCAUGAUCUUUGCCAUGUGUCUCUUCCGGGGCAUCCAGUAGAGGACGUGACCUGGAGCCUGAAGCCUCACCCACCACCGCUGCCCAGCCCCCGACGCCCUCCCCUCCCCCGCGCCCCUGCCCGCUUGGCCCCAGGGGAGGAGGUGAGAUCACGAUAAGCGGGCAGGAGAAGGGGCAGAGGAAAAUAGCUAUUUUUUUAACAAAAAAAAUGAAGACGAAACUACGAUUGUUAGACCCGGCCUGGUCUCCGGGUGGGUGCCAUGGGCUCUCUUCAGGGGCCCGGCGCCUAAACCCCAGGAAGCUGUCUGCACUAGAGACCAAAGGAACCCCAGGGCCAGGUUCCCUCCUCGGUCCCACCAGCCUCUGGCAGUCGCGGGCCUGGGCCUUCUCCUCAGCUCCAGCUGCCAAGAAAGUGCAGAUCUAGACAACAAAAGGCAAAAGCAACUCUCAGAGGUCGACAAAGCCCCCCAGGGCCCCAAGGAGACUCGGUCGCCUUGUCCUUAAGAACUUGGAACCUACGUUCAACCUCUGGUCCUCUGGUGGCGUUGUCCCUGCCUCGGGCUGGGGUCAAGAGUGGGCUGCAGACACUGGAUCCAAGUGUGGCCUAGCUGGCAGAGUCCUUGCUUCCCUCAGCUGUUGGAUCAAAUAAUCCGGAAAGCCCAGAGAGGGGCCAUUUUACAUUCAGUCACACAGCAUAUGCAUGACAAUUCUGAACAAGAACCCAGUGGUCCCUUGGCUGCCUGUUGCACCUUCCAGGGCUCUGUAGGUCCCAGCAGGUCUGAUGCUCACACCCCUCCCUGGCCUCAGCAUCCUGGCUUCCCCAGGAGAGAGAAAGCAAGCUGGUCAAGAACUUACCAGCUCCACAGCUAAGAAAAUUCUGGACUGUCCUCCCUUCCCACCUCCCCAUACUUCUUUCUAAGCCCCCAGGGACACACACACACACACACACACUACAGUCAGUUUUUUACACUGCCCACCUCUUCCCACAAGCCCAGCCCUUUCCCUGUUUCCCAACAACUCUGUGGCUCCCAGGGCUGGAAGGAAUCCCCAAGACCAUCUGGUUCUCCUCUCCCCUCCCAGAACUGAGGCUUGGAUGUCUUCCACAAGAUUUCUGCCAAGACUUCACCACCCUCUUCUUGCAUACCUCCAAGGACGGGGAGCUUUCUACCUCCUGAGACAGACUUGUCUUUGGACUGCUUUGACUUCUUAGCAUCAGCUCAGUGCACAUGAGAGUUCUCUGUUUUUCUCUGCUUCCACCUGUGGCAUUCCACUUGCCCUCCCUCCCCAAAGUGUUAAGGCCACACAGUGCCUCCCCCAAUCCGCGUUUUCUCCAGCUAAAAAGAGCUCCAAGACACCUCAUUUCUGCUGCCAAAUGGCUUCUUGACCCUUCAUGAGUCCUAGCACACUUCUGAGUGUUUCUUCCAGGCUGAGGUAGGGAGGUGUUUUCCCCUAGACCCACACCCACACAGCACCCACAGACCAGUCCCUCAAACACAGGCCGUGCAUUCUAGACCAGUAUUGGCAACUGUAUUGCAAGAUCCCUCCACCCCAGUGAAUCAGGACUGCCUGCCAGGUCUGUUCAGAGGAUCGGAGGUUUGGGCACGGUUGGGGGAGGGAGGGAAGGACAGCGUCAUCCCGAUCAGUGGUGUGGGGAUCGAUGGUGUUGGCCAGACAAUCAAGGCUUGAUUAGUGACGGCAUGGCAGUGGGAGGGGCAACACAGAGCCUGCUGUCCUCCCCCACAGUCCCUCUUCGGUGUCUGGGGAGAGCCCAUUCUGGAUCCCAGACCCUGUGUCUGCUUCCAGCCUCCCAGCCCGCCAGCCCCCGGGAGAGACAGGGCUGUGCCUGGAGCCCCAUGCCUCCUGGCUCUGCCACCAGCCCCCUUUACAGAUGCAGCCCUGAGCUCUGUGCCUGCUGUA